CGGGGGCAGGGCCGGGAGCCCGAGGGCGGGUCGGUCUCUUGGGCUGCCUGGCUGCUCCAGGGAGUUCGGGUUCCCUAGCGCUCGAUCAGGAGAGGCUGCGGCUGGGUCGGGGCGCGGAUGCUGGAAAUUCACAUCCCCUCUGUGGGGCCCGAGGCCGAAGAGCCCAGGCAGAGUCCAGAGAAAGGCCACAUGGUGUUCCAAGUGGAGGUGCUGUACAGCGGACGCAGACACACCGUGCCGCGGCGCUACAGCGAGUUCCACGCUCUACACAAGAGGAUCAAGAAACGGUACAAAGUGCCCGACUUUCCCUCAAAACGCCUACCCAACUGGAGGAGCAGAGGAUUGGAACAGCGCCGGCAGGGCUUGGAGACCUACAUCCAGGGCAUCCUGUACCUGAAUCAGGAUGUGCCCAAGGAGUUACUGGAAUUCUUGAGACUUAGACACUUCCCUGCAGACUCCAAGGCGAGCCGCUGGAGCACCCUGGGGGAAUUCCUGCCUAGUGACACCAGCUCACAGCUGCACCAUCGGCCAGUCCUUGGCUUCCGUAUGGAUCCCUACGUUUACACCCCUUCCCCAGAACCUCUCCCGGAAGUGGUGGUGGCUGGUGUGCUCCAGGGGCUCUAUGGCUUCAGCAUCAGCCCGGCACCAGCCCUGCCCCGCCCCGCCCCAGCCCAGCCAGAGGCUAAACAUCAUCCUGCUCCAUCGUUAACGCCCUGACUAGCUCAGACUUUGGGCCACCUUUCAGGACAGCUAAGUGCCUCAGUUCUAGGAGUUCCAUAUAGGAAACUGGGUCUGCCUUUGGACUAGGCUGAGGCUCUGUAGUGCCCAUGCCCACUCAAAGCUCUGAACUUGGUUUGCACUGACAGCUGUAGCUGGUAGAACUCAAGACUCUUAAAGUGUGAGGUAAUUUCAGAGGUAGGCUGAGAAGCUCAGGCUGACAGGUGAAAGCAGCUUUGGGGGAGGCGCAGGAGCUAGGUAGCUAGAAAGCCUCUGUCCGAUGACCAGUGGGUAGGGUGCACUAGUACAGACUCAGGCAGGAACCCGGGGAAGGAGCAUUCCACCAGAUAGCAGACUCAGGACAGGCGCUAUAUACACCCGCAAACAGCCCACACCUAAGUUAUAAAAAAAACAAAACACUUUAUUGAUCAGCA